CUUCAGUCCACACUAUUUUAUGUUCAAUUUCUAUGUCAUUGAAAUGGAAAACCUAAUAGCAGAUGCAGAUAAAAUAACCUGCCCAUGACCAUACUGACAAGAGUAGAUAAGCUUUUUUAUUCCAUAUCAUGGGCUUCUUCCUACUUUUUAUCCCCACCGAAUCUUCAAACAAAAUCAAAGCAGAAACCACACAAAGCAAAAGAAGAACUGUAACUUCAACACAUCAAUGGCUGCCAUUGCCAUUACUGCCUCAGUUCAAAGAGCUUGCAAUUGUCAUCAUGUAACCAAGAAACAACCACCUCAUUCUAGGCCGGCACGCUCUUUCGGAACAAAGCAAUCGACCCGUUUUGUCUCUCCGGAUAGUGAAGGGAAGAAUGGUUUUCCCGUUGCUGAAGAACGAGAGAAAUCUGCUUCACUUAUUCAGAAGCCAAAGGAAGCAGAGGAUCAAGUAAAGCAGAACAUGGGUGGUGGAAAUUUCAGUCCAAAGGUGUUCGAUGACAAACGAUGGAAGAAUGGGACAUGGGAUUUGAAUGUGUUUGUUAAAGAUGGAAGAAUGGAUUGGGAUGGUGUGAUUGUUGCAGAAGCAAGAAGGAGAAAGUUCCUUGAACUGUAUCCAGAUGUAGCAACAACCCAAGAUCCAGUGGUGUUUAGGAGUUCAAUCAUUCCUUGGUGGGCAUGGAUCAUGCACUCCCACCUUCCAGAGGCUGAGCUGCUCAAUGGUCGGGCAGCGAUGGUGGGAUUCUUCGCGGCAUACUUCGUCGACGUGCUAACAAGGCUCGAUAUGGUUGGCCAAACCGGCAACUUCAUCUGCAAGGCCGGUCUGUUCUUCACCGUCGUCAGCAUAAUCCUGUUCAGGCGAAAAGAAGAUUUGGAAAACAUACAAAAGCUGGCCGAGGAGGCCAAUUCCUAUGACCAGCAAUGGCAGGCUUCUUGGCAAGAUCAAGAUUUGGGCGCUGCAGGCACUUCAAAGCAGAGUGGGAAGAAGUAAUUCGAGCAUUUCCGAGACGCUUAUCGUCUACCGUUAAUUUAACAUACUUCCAUUGUAAUCUUUGCAAAAAUCCGGCAAGAAUAGGUUCUUACGCGUUACUCACCCGUGUACCCAUGAGUUAUUAGUUAUUUUGAUGGGAUGUCGUGAGUUAUUAAAAGGAAAACAAUGGCCUGAUUAGUGAUGAUGAU